GUUAACAAGACUCGUCCAAUACAAUUUGACUGUUUGCUUCUGCGUUUGAAGUUCGUCACUUCCCUUCACAGAGCAAGUCCUAUCAAAAACAUUGAACCUUCAUUUUUCCCUUCUUCCUCUUAAUCUUCAAAGCCUUUUUCUUUGUACAUAAACUCUGGUUUUUAUAAGCCCAAAAGAUGGGUUUUUCAAAGGAAGAGAAAUCAAGAAGAAUUUUGAGAGGUUUUAAAACUGUGUUUUUCUUAAUCACCAUGAUGAUUUCUUUUCUUAUGUUUUCUGCACCAGUUUUUCUUGUUAUUGCUGACACCCUUUUGCCUUCUGCUUUGCUUUCUGCUUCCCUUUCUCCUCCUUUAUCAUUGAAAUCCCUCUCUUCCCAUUUCAGUAACUAUGAUUUCAGAUAUUCUCUCAUAGAUAUCCCCCUCGUAUCCAUUAUCAGAUCAGCUGUUAUAAUCUGUGUUUAUAGCUUUUAUGAUGGACCAAGUCUUUCCAGGGGACCUUACCUUCGAAUUACAAUGAUUUGUUCUGUUUCAUCUUUGAUUUUUGUUUCAUUAAAAGCUCCAUUUGUGUUCAGUUCGAGUGUUCCUAGACAAGGGUAUGUUACAGACAUGGAAACUGCUCUUUUCAUUUGUUCAUUGGCCUUGGCAAUUGCACAUAUAAUUGUGGCAUAUAGAACAAGUUGCAGACAAAGAAGAAAACUCCUUGUCUACAAAAUUGACAUUGAAGCUGUAAUUUCCCUUAGCUAUCAGAUUUCGGCUUGCAAGAAUGGGUUUCCAAGCUAUCAGAAGAUACUGGAAGUAAAUGAUACUACUAACAAUGAAGGGAUUUCAACUACAAGAAAUCAACCUUUUGCAGGUUUCAGAGUUUUCCAAGUGAAAUCAGUCACCUGGAAAUCAAAGAAGUUAACAAGCAGCUCGGCAGUAGCAGUAUAAAACCUCCAUACACAAACAGAUGAAAUAAUUUCCUGCACAUAUAUAUAGCUGGUGAUUGUUUAUCACUAAAUAGAGGCUAUGAUUUUGAGGAUAGAUCCAACGUUCUUUCAUGAUUUUGAGUGUACAGUUUAUAUUACAUAAAAAUAUAUGAAAUGAGAGAGAAAUGAGCCGAAGGCCUUUUCAUGACCUUUCUAUUGUGUGAAAUUAAAUACAAUACCCCAAAUUCAAUGGCUUUUAUCCUUCUUUUCAGCUAUUUGUCAAAGUUACUGGAAUUUUCCACCCUUUGUUUUCUGAUGCUCAUUUGGAAGCAAUAUUUAACCUUGUUGAAACUUGGAAAGUGAGUGGUUUUCAUUGGCACCAAUAAGACA